CCUCUUUCUCCGGCGGCGGCGUCUGCUUCUCGCUGAGGGAUUAUUUUGCGCGUGGAACCAAUUUCAUGUUGUGGAUUUCUCUCAUCUCGAUCACUCUUUUUCUGCUGACGAAGCUCGCGAGGUUGGUGAGGAUCUGGGCGAGGGGGAGCAGGAUUCGAGCUAGGAUCGUCGCCGGUUGUGGUUCCUCUUGCGAUCUCACAGCAGUGCCUGCAAAACAUGGGAUCUCAGAACCAAACAACACAGAUUCUCUUUCUUUUGGCUCUGGCUCACAAACAUGUAUCGCUCGGAAAUGUGCAGUACUUGGAAUUUCAACACUAUUUGCAUCUUUGUCUCCAAGUUAUGAGCUCGUGCCAGGUUCUAAGAAUGAAGUAAACUCAACCAUCAAUGAUCAAGCACAGCCUGUUCCAAGCCCGAGAUCAGUCUUUGUGAGAAGAAACAAGUGAAAAAAGCCUUCCCUAUUCAGUCGUGUUGUUGGUGAAUCGAAUCAUUUAAUCGUGUUACAUCAUUUUCCCUCCAUGUUUUUGGCAGUAGCCAAGUGCUUUCUUCUAUUAUCAUCACGUUUUGGAAGCACUUGAGAGCUGUUAUCUCAAAGGAGAGGGGUUGUGUCCGUGUAAUUACUAUUUUCCAAUCUUUUUUUGGUGUUUCUUCUUCUGUUCGAAAGGAGUAAGUAGUAAUUGUAUGCUGUUGUAUACCAAAUAAAUGAGUCCCGUGUCUAUAAAAACAGCUGAUUGUGGCAUCCGAGUUGUUGGAAUGGGAACUCCGGUUUCUGUAUUAAAUAGUGGGUAGGCUCUUGUUUCAUGGUGAUUGCCGUAAAGACUAGUGUUAUAUUUUGCAUGUUAUUGUUCGUUU